UUUUAAUUUUGUAAAUUUUGUCUUUUAUUGUCAUUUUUAGGAUAAUGGAUUUAUUGUCUUUAGUUUCAGAAAAUUUGUAUAUUCCACGACAUCAGUGCAAUUUGUUAUCACAAGAUCGAGUCGCUUGCAUUGUUUCCCAAGACUGGUGGAAACAAUGCUGCCUGGGAAAGGUGAAGCUACCCCAAGCUUUAGAUGUUGUACCACAGACCCAGGCUGAGCAGUGGCUGGCUGGUACCUGCCUCACAAUACCAGAACAGUGGAAAAAGAUAACAGUUAAAAUUGUUCAGAAGACUACUCAAAAAGUGCAAUGUUUACGGGAUGGACCACUGUACCCAACAGACUGUGCUGGAAGCCUUGUUGAAUUCAUGGCUACAACAUCACAAGAAAACUUCCGCAAUGUAUGGCAUGCCGCUUAUAGAAAAUAUAAAAAAGAUCACACCUCAACCGAUUUACUGCCUGGAGAGGAGUUUUCUGUGGUCUUUAAAAAAUACAUGUGGAGAAUGUUACCUGAUGUCUACAUCAACUUAGAUGAUGUAGCGUCAUCAUCAGUGUUGAGUGAAAGCAAAAAGGGAGAUAGCAAUGGGUGGCAUAACAUUGUCCCUGUAAAGGCGUUUGUCGAGUCUUCUAGUCAUUACUUCAUAAUACAACCAUGUCUUUCAUACGCUCUCAGUGACCUCGUGUCAUUUAGCCCAGCAAUACUGAACUCGUCAAAUGCUCACACAAUGUUUCUUCUGUAUCAGAUUCUUCAGGCAAUGAAAAUAUUUCACGAGAAUGGAUUAUCUAUUGGAAAUAUUACUAUGCAUAACAUACUUUUGGACAAAAACUUGUGGGUAUAUGUUAGUGUUCCUGUGUUACAAACAGCACUGAUGGAUGAAUGCAGCAGUGCUAGCUCAGAACAAAAGCAUAUACAGAAUCCAGAUCCCACGCAGAACAAAGAAACUAAACAAAAAGCUAAAAGUGAAAAGCCAAAAAAUAAUAUAUCGCUGACUACGUCAUUGAUAGAACCACAUACGUCUCAACAUUCCACAACUCAGGGUUUAGAUUACGAUUCAAAGAAAGAGUUUGCAAAGAAGAACCAUUUGUUUUUAUCUCGAGUUUUGAGAAGUGACUCAAGGGCUCAUGAUUCCUUCAGUGAAGGUGAACAGUGCUUACGUAAUGCACAAGAGUUUAUCAGCAAAUGUCAGUAUCAGCAGUUCGAAGUUUACGAUCUUCCUUCCAUUGUGAAAAACUGGAUUGAUCGAAAGAUCAGCAAUUUCAAGUAUUUAAUGAUAUUAAACCAUCUCGCCGGACGAAAGAUGGGCGACCCAAACAACCACCCAGUGUUGCCAUGGAUAAUGGAUUUCACAUUGUCUGAUGGGAACUACCGCGAUCUCACCAUGUCUAAAUUCCGACUGAACAAAGGAGAUGGGCAGCUGGACCUAACUUACAGCACAAUGUCACUGCUCAGUGAUGAUGGCACUGAUGUUCCUCACCACGUCUCCGAUGUUCUGUCGGACAUCACUUACUAUGUCUACAAAGCCAGGAGGACACCCAAGUUAGUUCUGUGUUCACACGUGCGCACAAACUGGGUUCCGCAUGAGUAUCCCAGCAGCAUUGUCCGGCUGCAGGAGUGGACGCCCGACGAGUGUAUUCCCGAGUUUUACAUCGACCCUAACAUCUUUGUGUCUAUCCAUGAUGACCUGCCAGAUCUGGAGCUUCCAGGAUGGUGCAGCUCGUCACAGGAGUUCAUCAUCAGACAUCUCUCUGUGCUUGAGAGUGAGAAGAUCUCCGAGUCACUGCAUCACUGGAUAGAUCUCACUUUUGGAUACAAGUUAACAGGAGCAGCUGCAGUGAAAUCGAAGAAUGUGUACUUGCAGCUCGUAGACCAGCACAAGACCGUGACAGGACAUGGGGUGGUUCAGCUCUUCUCCCAGCCACACCCCCACAGACUGCCACUGACUUCUUUCUCUCAUCCACACCCACCAAAGGUUACAAGAGAGAUUUUAAACUCACAGUUGCUUGGAAUUGGAAUAUCUAUGGAAGAGUCAGAAGCUAAAUCAGCAGAGUUAAGCUUUUUGGGUAGUUUUGAACCACUGGACCAGACAAGGCCAGAGACUGCAGUAAUUCAUCUUCCAAAGAACUUCCAUCCAAUAGCAGAACUAGAACACUAUGAAGCCGAGUACAACUUCCUAACCAGGAGCAUGCUAGUGCCCAUACAGGAACAGUCAAAACAACCGAAGACGUCUGUUCCAGAACACACGUGUACUGUCACAGAAGAUGUGCUUCAAUUCGCGUGUCUCAUGUGUGAAAUGUUCCUUGCACCAAAACUAAUGAUGCAAGACACUACACCGUGUCUCGCAUCCAGAUAUGACAAAAUCAAGAAACUGUCAUCCACAGACUUCAUGGAGCUACCACGACCACUUCAAAAGGUAGCAAGUUUCCUGAUCCAUGAAGUAGAUAAGCAAGUUAGUGGCAGAGGGAAAACUAUCUUUUCUUAUGAGCCUGUAACACAGUUAGGAUUGCCUCCACCAUCUCCCACUCAGCUCCUUCAGUCGUACUCGGGGAUACUACCCUUCCCAGGAUACUUCAGUGACCUGUAUACAUGCAUCUGCCAGCUGAAGGGCAAAGACUCUGAACUUGAACACAUUCAGCACAGUAACAAGUCCUUAACUGAAAAAACAAAUUUGAUCAAACAGACCGAGCGUCAGAAAGUGCCCCUGAUUGAACGUUUUCUUGUUCGGUACCAAGGAAAGCUUGGUUCAGAGGGACUGCAUCUUCUGUUACCAUACAUUGAAGAUCUGUACAGCAAAGAAAACACCACUGUACAAGCUGCCUGGUCGCUCUUUGGUAUUAUCAGUCGUGAGUUGGGCUUCAAGGAAACCAGUUCAAAGUUCAUGCCAUAUUUAAUCAAGUUGUUUGCUGGAGAGAAUUCCACUGCCAAACAUGCUAGAUUGUACAGUCGGUCGUUUCUCUUGCAGCUCAUAAUACGGCUUGGACUUGAAACAUUUCUCUUGAACUUUUCCACACUACUGGUGGAAGCAGUGUCUGGUUAUAAGGAUUUUUCAUUACCUAGCAAGUAUUAUCAGGAAGAACUGCUAGAAGAGAUUCAGGGAGAGACAGAAUUAACCGAGCAGACGGCAUUCUGGUCCAAAGAUGCCAAUGGCUAUACAGAUCAUCCUGAGAUUUGGACGAAGCCUGCCCAAGACGAUUUAUCACAAGAACAGGUCACCACUGAUGAACCAGGCAAUCCAGACGAAGAGUUAACGGAGAACAAUUCUUGGGAUACUGCUCAAGAAGACAACACAGACAAUACUGCUGCUGAUGUGGAUGACAUUGAGGAAGAGUUUCCAGAUAACAUCCUCUUGAGUGAUGACCGUGACAACACCCAGGACAAUCUGCUAGCGUCUGGUGAUGCACACAGUAUUGGACAGGUCUCCAGUGAAGAGAGUGGUGAUAGGCAGUCAUUUCAAGAUGAUUCAGACACCGAACCCAUGGUCACAGCGUCUGACCGAGUUUCCAUCCACAGCAUAUCCAAUAUUAUCGGGAACACCAGACUACGAUCAGUGUCUGCUGGAGAAAGUGACACUGCAUCUCUUGGAGAUAUUUCUGCUGAAUAUUCUGUUUUUGAUGACUCUAGUCCGAAUCCUGACACUGCUACAUUGUCUGGCAACUUUGAUCAAGACGGUUUUAAACUGUUCAGGCCAGACAGUGUGAAUGAGACUGGAUCAAAUCACAUGUCUCUUUCAAACUCGUCUCCAGUCUCUUCUAAGUGUCCCGACCUAAGUGACAAGACCGACCUCACCGUUGAUGUGUCAUCGAACCACAUGGUUCGCAGUGAGACUGAUGAUCUCAUCAUGUUGAACCUGUCUUCUUCAAGUCCUGCUGAUGUGAUCAAUAUCCACGACAUUGCUUCCGAAAGUGUUAAGUGGUUGUGCUGCAAGCUCGGUCCUGUAUUGACUGCCAAGUAUUUUUCAAAGAACCUAAUCAGAAUGUUGGCUUUGUGUUAUUUCGGUCAUGAGCAGCUACAAAUCAUUCAAAAUACAGAUGAUGAUUGCUUGAAAUCUUCAAAACUUGUUGUCGGAGACAGGAAUGCUCAGAAGAUUUUAGAGUGUCUAGGGCAUGUUGCUUUACUUUAUGGAGAACAAGUCAUCUUACUACAAUAUAUACAGUGUAUUAUAGACAUGGUUUCUGUGUCCCAAAGACGACUUACACAACGAUCAGAGAGUGGGUUAUUUGGAGCUCUAAUACUGCUGAAAUAUAUCAUUCCAUACAUAUCCGACAAGGCGUUACUGGACUGCAUUGAGGAUACAAUUGUUGAAAACUGUUUGAUGGCAGUGAUCAAACUUGUGACAAAUACUUCCGUUUCGUUCCCUGGUGGGAGCUAUGUGCGAUCUGUUGUGUGCCACAAGGUGGUAGAUGCCCUCUAUGUCAUCGGACUGCGGCUGGGCUUCGAAAUGACACGUAUACAUCUAAACCAGUGCAUGCAAAAACUCUUGGAAGUGUUCAGCUAUGUGCAUGGUCACCUCACUGAUGCUGACCAGUGUCCAGAGAUGGGGACCAGUGCUUCUCCAGGUGCUGAUGGAGUGGGUAGUUCUGAAGAAUCGUACUUGACAAUAAAAAUGGAUCCCAAUUCUCAGGAGUACAAGAUUGGAACCCCUAUCUACGUGAGUGGACUCAGCCUUGAGGCUUGCUCUCCACUGAGGAAGUCACAGAGUAGUUCCAAGUUUCACAGCCUCACUUCUCUAGGAGCUGUUGAUGACAGAGAAGAUAGUCAAGAGUUGAAAGUGGGACCAAAGGAAAAUGGUAUGCAAGAAGUUUCAUCUGUCUUCACUGCAGAACUUGCUCAGGCCAUAUAUAUACCUCUUUGCAGAAUAUUUGGAAGCAUCCAUAUGGAGCAUAAUCUGAGGAAUGAUGACCUCAUCAGACAACUGUGUGCACAGCAGGAUCAGUCUGUGGACCAGCAGAUGGAGAAGAAGAGAGAGUCCGACAGUACAACUGUUACAUCAUUGGAAUCCCCAAGAAGCCCGACUGAAGAGAAAGUGACCGGUGCUAUUGGGAGGAACGUUGAGGUGAUUGGCAACCGAAUUCAGCUGACACCAGAAAGUAGAAUUAACAGUCCUGAGAUGCAUCGGUUUGGAUGUGGGUACAGACAUUCAGGCAUAUUGUCAAUCAACCCAGAUGAUCUCAAAUGCUGUGAUAAGGAGUAUACUAAACACAGACAUUUAAAAGGAAAUUGGCUUGCCUAUUGGGAGCAUGAGCUAGGUUUGCAUGAACGAGACACUUUAUUCAAUUUCAAGCAAAUCAAACUGCAAACCUUUGUGGGUCACAACAGCAGCAUUCGCUCACUGUGUGUGAUGGACAAUGAAAGUUCGUUCAUCAGUGCGAGCAAGGACAAGACAGUCAAGUUAUGGUCAGUGACCAGUUCAGGAGAUGGAUCAAGCAGAGUAUCGUUCCAGUGGAAUUAUACCCAGCAUAAGAAAUCUGUCUUCUCUGUAGCCUUUGUUGACAGUUUGAGACUGGUGGCUUCCUGUGACAGCACUGUGCAUAUAUGGGACCCGUUUACUGGUGAACCUGUGAACCAGCUUGAAUCGAUCAAGUAUGCUCCUGUUGUGGCUUUAACUGCCUUACCUGCUCCUAGUACUCUGGUCGUCACAGCAACAACGGAAGCAACUUUAAGGUUUCUUGACACAAGAAUAUCGAAAUACGCUCACGAGUUCAAAUGCACAGUGGCACCAGCAGGUUUGAUCCGCUGUGUGACUGUCAGUCCAGAUGGAGGCUGGGUGGCUGUGGGAUUCGCCACUGGGGUCAUAUCAAUACUUGAAGUAAACAGUGGACUUCUGAUGAGCACUUGGAAGGCCCAUGAGGGAGAAAUACUGCAGAUCAAAGCCUACAAUAAAACCAAGCUGGUUUCCUCAUCGUUUGAUCAAACAAUGAAACUGUGGAAUGCUGAAGAUGCCAGUUUGAUAUGUGUUCUUAAAGGGCCUACUGAGCCAGUUCACUGUGUAUGUUUCUAUAGGAACCAGGUUCUCAGUGCCACGACUGGCAACAAGAUAGGACUUCAUACAUCUGUUGAUGAAAUGGCAUCGUUUUCGAGUACGAAGCUGCGAACAGACACUUUCAAAGGUGUCCUAACAUCCAUGGUUCUCCUGCCUCUCAACAGAUCGCUACUACUUGGUGCAGACAAUGGCAGCAUUCGACUUCUGUGUUAAACUCACACAGUCACAGUAUUAGAAUUACAAUGUAGAUCCCAUGUGUUUAAUCAGUGUUUAAAUAAUGGCAGCUUUAAUAACCUACAGACAGUUACAUUUCUCUUCUUUUAAGGGUAAGAAAUUGAUAUUCCCUUUGGUUUAUUUUAUUUUGUUGCCAACAGAACACUACAUGGUGAUUAUAUGUUUUAUUUUGUAGCCAACAGAACACUACUUAGAGAUAGUUUUAUUUUACCGCCAGCAGAACACUACUUAGAGAUUGUUUUAUUCCAUUGCCAACAGAACACUACAUGGAGAUUAUUUGUGGUCUGUCAAGGUAAAAAAAAAUGAUAUACCAUGUGUGUUAUUGUUUUCAUUAAACAAAAUCCACAUUUUCCCACCAAUAAUAUUUAAAAACCCACCAAGUAAAGAAAUAUAGUACAUACAUCAAUCAAAUAUGUCAUAUCUUUUGUUGACAAAUUCCUAACUUCAUAAUUCUAAGUAACUCCUAUAAUAAUGUAUUGUUGAGCAUUUGCUUACAAAAAUUUGUAUGGACCAUAUAAGCAAUAGCAACAGUAGCAGAUCCAGAAAUGUUUCACGUGAGGGACAAUGCUUAAAGUCGACAGCAGUGACAGAAUAUUGUAUGAAUUAGUAUAUGAUUUACAUGAGUAUUAUUUAGAUUCCUUAAGUAUUUAUUCAAAACUUCAUUCGCAAAUGGCUGAGAACCCCUUUGCAAAUGGAUGAGAACCAGUUUGCAAAUGACUGAGAACCCAUUUGCAAAUGGAUGAGAACCAGUUCGCAAAUGACUGAGAACCUGUUCUCAAAAGGACGAGAACCAUGCGAGAUAGUGUGGGAUUUGAGAACAGGAACACUUUCUUGCUUCUUUGAAACAUUUAGGAACACGUUAUCUGCACCAGAACAAAAGUAUAUGGCUGGGAUUUAUUCAUAGAAAUAUUUGUGGAUUUCGAGACAUUUGAGAAUUAAAAAACUGAAUUUUACCAAAUAUCUAGUGGUUCAUGCUUAGAACAUCUUUCUGAAAAAGCAUUGUCUUGGGGCCCGUCUGGAUCUGCAGCUAAUCAGUACCACUUCUCUACCUCAAAAUGGGUAUUUUUGUUACUGCUAAUUGUGGCUAUAUGCAAAGUUGGGGCAGUAUUUAAUGAUUUUCUGCAUCACAUAAACAGCUACUGUGGUUGUAGUUAGGUUAAAGUAUGCCAAAAUACAUUCAGGAUGUUCUCUAAAACAGGACCAUCAGUGACGAUUUUUCUACAACUAGUCUAUAGUAAAAGAAAAUGGCCUACAAUGCAAUUUUAUGAUUAAGUAGGUCAGUACAUGUAUUAGUAUUGGCUAAAAAUGCAUUAUAUUUUACAGCUAUAAUCAAACCGGAUUCCCUUACAUUUUGUGAUCAUGAUUGAGUGAGAAGUAUAACAGACUAAUCAACUAGAAUAUGAUUGUUUUUUGCUUUGCUCCAUAAGGCUAUUUAUAGUUUUUUUUUUAUCCCGUUUUUACAUUCCAUUAUAGUGUGGUUGUGUGAGUAUGUGUAAACAAACAGAAAUAACAAUACUAAUGUAGAUCAGUAGUCUAAGUGUCUCAUCUAUAAAUUGUUUUAUAAUUGAUCUCAUUCGAUCCUAACAGUGUUAUUUUUUUCCUAGUUCUCCAAAAGCUGUUUAUCCAUGACUGGUUUAUGUAGAACUGUGAUAUGUGCUGUUUAAUGAGAAAUGUUUUUGAUAUUCAGUAGUGUUUAGAUUAUGUGGUGAUUUUUUUUUUUUUUUUACCUAGAACAUGUCACAUUGUUGUUAACAAUGGAUUAGUAAAUUCCUUUCCUGUAUUGAUACAUUACAAUAAUUUUUACAGUGGAAUAAAGAUGUUCUACAACCGCUGCAAUUGCCCACUGCAGUCGGCAAUGCCAUGGAGUUUUUAAUUCUUAACAUAAGUUUAUUCAGGUGUUUUUUUUCAACAACAUGUUUUUUGGCUGUGGACAUUUUCUUAAUUGCAGGAGUUGUUCUAGGUAAAAGAUGAUAAGCCAUCAUAAGAGUAUAAAUACUGUAAUUUCCUGCAUAUUGCCUACAAUAACACAUAGCUAAAAUUAGGUUUUAGAAAUAGAGGAUAUUUCGUGUUUUUUGUUAAAUCUGAUUUAUAUCUCAUGAGUGAAGUUUGCAAUCAUAUCUCACGAGUCACGCUUACAUGACGAGUGUGAUAUAUUGCAAACUUCACUCCAUGAGAUAUAAAUCAGAUUUGACAAAAAAACAUGAAAUUUUCUAUUUAUUAUGUAACUUUUGGCAAUUUACCUUUAUUUUUAAAAUGCCAGCAGCAAAAUAGUUCCGGCUUUCUUACAGUGAAGAUAAUACUUUCUACAGUGAUGAUAACACAUUUCAGAGUGAAAUAGUAAAUUUUUUACUCUAAAAUCUGUUAUCGUCACUGAGCGACUGACCGGCCUCGGUGGCGUCGUGGCAGGCCAUCGGUCUACAGGCUGGUAGGUACUGGGUUAGGAUCCCAGUCGAGGCAUGGGAUUU